AAAGAUCGUUUCUCUAUCUUAAAUUCAUUCACCAGUAACUUAUUUUACCUCCUCAAACAGAGAGAAGAAGAGGAUUUUCAUUACAUAGAUAGAUUCUCUCCCUCUUUUCCAUCGUUGUACCUCAGAAGCUAUCGUUUUCACCCAGAUACGUCACUAGAUCUCUCUUUCCCGAACAAAAAAACAUCACGGAUCAAGGUUUCUGAUUCGGAUCGAGAGUUCUUGUGUUGUUAUUAUUAGCUGUUGAACAUGGCAUCGACAGCAGCUGCAUCAUCAGGAUGGCUGAGAGGGAAAGUCAAAGCUGUUACUUCUGGUGACUGUUUGGUUAUUAUGGGAAGUACUAGGGCAGAGAUCCCACCUGAAAAGACAAUCACAUUGUCAUCUCUCAUGGCUCCACGAUUGGCUCGAAGAGGUGGUGUUGACGAGCCUUUUGCAUGGGAAAGCAGAGAGUUUUUGAGGAAGCUCUGUAUCGGAAAGGAAGUAACCUUUAGAGUGGAUUACACUGUACCAUCCAUAGGGAGGGAAUUUGGUUCAGUUUUCCUUGGUGAUAAGAAUCUUGCAUUGCUAGUUGUUGCGGAAGGCUGGGCAAAGGUUAGAGAACAGGGCGGCAACCAAAAAGGGGAAGCCAGCCCUUAUUUGUCCGAACUUCUUCGCCUUGAAGAGCAAGCUAAGACACAAGGUUUAGGUCGCUGGAGCAAGGAACCUGGUGCUUCUGAGGCUGCAAUCAGGGACUUACCUCCAUCUGCUAUUGGAGAUCCUAGUAACUUGGAUGCUAUGGCCCUAUUGGCUGCAAACAAGGGAAAACCUAUGCAAGGAAUUGUGGAGCAAGUUCGUGAUGGAAGUACUGUCCGUGUUUACUUGCUUCCAGAAUUCCAGUUUGUUCAAGUUUUUGUUGCCGGAAUUCAGUCACCAUCCAUGGGAAGACGAGCACCAGUAGAAACAGUUGCUGAACCCGAAGCAGCUUCUACUAAUGAAGCAAACGGAGAUGCUUCUGCUGAACCCCGACCUCUAACAACAGCACAAAGGCUUGCAGCCUCUUCAGCCUCUUCUAAUGAAGUAGCUCCAGAUCCGUUUGGAAGGGAAGCAAAGCACUUUACAGAGACUCGUGUUUUGCAUAGAGAUGUGCGUAUUGUCUUGGAGGGUGUUGACAAGUUCAGCAAUCUAAUUGGAUCCGUAUACUAUCCUGAUGGUGAUUCAGCAAAGGAUUUGGCUUUGGAGCUUGUAGAACAUGGUUUGGCUAAAUUUGUGGAGUGGAGUGCCAACAUGAUGGAGGAGGAUGCUAAGCGGACAUUGAAGACUGCUGAACUUAAAGCAAAGAAGGAUCGUUUAAGAAUCUGGACUAACUACAUUCCACCAGUUACAAAUUCAAAAGCAAUUCAUGACCAGAAUUUCACUGGAAAGGUGGUAGAAGUUGUGAGCGGAGACUGUGUCAUAGUAGCUGAUGAUGCUGUACCAUUUGGUAGCCCAUUAGCAGAACGGCGUGUCAAUCUCUCUAGUAUCAGAUCUCCAAAGCUGGGCAAUCCUCGUAGGGAUGAAAAACCAGCUCCUUAUGCCCGUGAAGCUAGGGAAUUCCUGCGUACUCGCCUUAUUGGCCGUCAGGUAAAUGUUUCUAUGGAGUACUCUAGAAAGGUUGGCACCGUUGACGGACCUGUGCCAACAACUGCGGCCGCAGACUCCAGGGUCAUGGAUUUUGGAUCGGUCUUUCUGGUGUCUUCAUCAAAAGUUGACGGUGAUGACGCAGCCCCUGCUCCAGCUACAGGCAACCAACCAGCAGGGACAAAUAUCGGUGAACUGGUUAUAGCUCGUGGCUUUGGGACCGUUAUCCGACACAGAGACUUUGAGGAAAGGUCAAAUUAUUAUGACUCACUAUUGGCUGCUGAAUCGCGUGCUAUUGCUGGGAAGAAAGGAAUCCAUUCUGCCAGGGAUCCUCCAGUGAUGCACAUUACAGACUUGAUGACGACUUCUGCAAAGAAAGCCAAAGAUUUCUUACCGUUCUUGCAAAGAAGUAGAAGGCUGCCUGCUGUUGUGGAUUAUGUUCUUAGUGGGCACCGGUUUAAGUUGCUCAUUCCUAAGGAGACUUGCAGCAUCGCAUUUGCAUUAUCUGGAGUUAGAUGCCCUGGUCGCGAUGAGCCUUAUUCACAAGAAGCCAUUGCCUUGAUGAGAAGGAAGAUUCUUCAAAGGGAUGUAGAGGUUGAAGUAGAAACCUGCGAUAGAACUGGAACGUUUUUGGGUUCUUUAUGGGAGGGUAAGACCAACAUGGCUGUGGCACUUCUAGAAGCUGGUUUAGCAAAGCUAUCUUCCUUUGGUGCUGACAGGAUUCCAGACUUCCACCUCCUUACACGAGCCGAGCAGUCCGCAAAGAGUCAGAAAUUGAAAAUAUGGGAGAACUAUGUUGAGGGGCAAGAAGUUGCGAAUGGUUCAACUGCUGGAAACAGAAAGCAGGAAGUUCUCGAGGUUGAAGUCACAGAAGUUUUGGGUGGUGGAAAGUUUUAUGUCCAAGCAACCAAGGAUCAGAAGGUGUCCUCUAUCCAACAGAAGCUUGCUUCAUUGAACAUCCAAGAAGCACCUCUUAUUGGUUCUUUUAAUCCAAAGAAGGGCGAUAUUGUUCUUGCUCAGUUCAGUGCCGACAAUUCUUGGAAUCGUGCUAUGAUUGUCAACACACCCCGAGGACCUGUUGAAUCACCCACAGAUAGUUUUGAGGUCUUUUAUAUUGACUAUGGUAAUCAAGAAGUUGUUCCUUACAGCCGGUUACAGACUAUUGAACCAUCAAUGGCCUCCGCACCUGGACUUGCUCAGUUAUGCAGCCUUGCUUUUAUCAAGGUCCCAAGCCUAGAGGAUGAUUAUGGUCAAGAAGCAGCCGAAUAUCUGAGUGAUUGGACCCUAAAUAGUUCCAAAAAGCUCAAGGCCAUGAUUGAGGAUAGGGAUAAUUCAGGUGGGAAAUUAAAAGGGCAAGGAACCGGGACUGUCCUUAUUGUUACCCUAGUUGAUGUGGAAACAGAGUCCAGCAUCAAUGCGGCUAUGCUCCAGGAAGGACUUGCUAGGUUAGAGAAGAGGAACAGGUGGGACAAAAGAGAAAGGCAGACCACCCUAGAUCAGUUGGAAGAAUUCCAGGAAAAAGCAAAGAAAGAGAGGCUGAAUAUUUGGUGUUACGGACAUGUUGAGUCGGAUGAUGAGGACUCGGGUCCUCCAGUUGCUAAGAAAACCGGUGGCCGCCGGCCCUAAAAUACACAAAAAAAGAGAAAUUUCUCGUGGUUAGGAAUGGUUUUAGAACAGAAACUUCUUGAAGAACUAUCUUGUUUUUGUUUCAGAUUUUUUUUUUCCUUUUUUCCUUUCCGAUUUUAGUUUCAUAGACACUAAGCAAAAGGUUAAAGUAUUUAAAUUUAAAUAUCUAAUUUACAAUAAGGCAUAUCACUUCCUGUUUGCUAUCUCCUUGAAUGUAAGAGGCAGCAGUGAGAAUUUUCGUAUCAUAGCAGAAAUUUUAAUAACCUUUUGUAUCGAUGUUGUACUGUGUUCGCGGAGAGUCCUUCACACUGUAUUAGCCAACGGAGUUUGUGUUUCAUUGAUCAAAAGUAUAGUUUUUUUGUUUUGUUU